AUGCAAGUAUUAUUGCGUCGCACAUUACCACAGCAGCUACAGCAGUCACCACAAAUAACACCUCCCCAACAAACGCCAGACAACAAUAACAACAGUAAUAAUAAUAAUAAUAAAACCACCGUUACACCCACACAAUCCCAAUUUAAUAACAACCAACAAAAUGUGAACCAACAAAUCUCAAUUGGGCAAAAUGUUGGCGGCGGUGGUGCAAAUAAUACGAUAACUGGCUUAGGGCCCACAAUGCAACAGCAAUUUAAUACGAAUGCGAAAAAUAACAACACUCAACUGUUAUCACAACACCAGCAGCAGCAGCAGCAACAACAGCAACAGCUGUCAGCGAAUACGUUACAACAAACGCCGCAACGGCAUCAACUAACCCACCCACCGCCACCACGUCAAUCACACUCUUACCCUUACAACACCAACAAUAAUAAUAAUAAUAAUCCUAAUCUUAAUAUGAACAAUGUUGCGCCCAAUAUGUCCGCUAACAAUAUAGUGAAACCACACCAACAACAACAACAACAACAAACUUACACGCCAAUCACAGCAACACAACAACAUAUUAAUGGUGCACUAACGACAACAGGGAACGCUACGCAGAAGUCGCUAACUCAGCCACUACAUAAACAACAACAACAACAACAGCAUCAGCAGCAAACAACGACUGCUGUCAACAAUAAUAGUAAAAUAGCAGGUCCAAACAUGUCAGCGACUAAUAUGUUCUUUGUAAGGCCAACAAAUCCAGCACCACCACAACCAUUACACAUUGGUGAAUUGCAACCUUUUGUACCGGUGCAGCUCUUUUAA